UCACCACUCAGACCUGCUGAUGGGCGGGGCUUCACUCUGAAACACAACCUCCUGUAUUCUGGCUUUUCAUUUUCCUCUGAGCUCAACCAGAGAGAGAGACAGAGCGAGAGAGAGAGAGAGAGAGAGAGAGAGAUACAGAGGGACAGAGAGAGACAGAAAGAGACACAGACAGAGAGAGACAGACACAGAGAGAGAGACAGAGAGAGAGAGAGAGAGAGAAAUGGCCGUAACAACCUGCACGCGUUUUACAGACGAGUUUCAGCUGUACGAGGAGCUGGGCAAGGGAGCCUUCUCGGUGGUGCGCAGAUGUGUGAAGCUGUGCACAGGACAGGAGAAUGCCGCCAAAAUAAUCAACACCAAAAAGUUAUCAGCCAGAGAUCACCAGAAGCUGGAGCGAGAGGCUCGGAUUUGUCGCCUGUUGAAACAUCCAAACAUCGUUCGUCUUCAUGACAGUAUAUCAGAGGAGGGCUUCCACUACCUCCUGUUUGACCUGGUAACCGGAGGUGAACUGUUCGAGGACAUCGUAGCCAGAGAGUAUUACAGCGAGGCCGACGCCAGUCACUGUAUCCAUCAGAUUCUAGACAGUGUCCAUCACAUUCACCAACAUGACAUAGUGCACAGGGACUUGAAGCCAGAGAACCUGCUCCUGGCGAGCAAAUGUAAGAACGCUGCGGUGAAGCUGGCCGACUUCGGCCUGGCCAUCGAGGUGCAGGGGGAUCAGCAGGCCUGGUUCGGAUUUGCUGGCACACCGGGUUACCUUUCCCCCGAGGUUCUGAGGAAGGAGGCAUAUGGCAAACCUGUGGACAUCUGGGCCUGUGGGGUGAUCCUCUACAUCCUGCUGGUGGGUUACCCCCCUUUCUGGGAUGAGGACCAGCACAAGCUGUACCAGCAGAUCAAGGCUGGGGCCUACGAUUUCCCUUCUCCUGAGUGGGACACGGUGACCCCAGAGGCCAAGAACCUGAUCAACCAGAUGCUCACUAUCAACCCAGCCAAGAGGAUCACAGCUCAGGAGGCCCUCAAGCACCCGUGGGUCUGCCAACGGUCCACAGUGGCGUCCAUGAUGCACAGACAGGAGACCGUGGAGUGCCUGAAGAAAUUCAACGCCAGGAGGAAACUCAAGGGGGCCAUUCUCACCACCAUGCUGGUUUCUCGAAAUUUCUCUGUGGGCAGCCGGCAGACCACCGCUCCGGCCUCCGUCACAGCGGCCGCGGCAGCAGCAGCUGCAGCCGCCGGCGCCACCGCGGGGCUGGUGGAACAAGCAGCGAAGAGCUUGCUCAACAAAAAGGCAGAUGUCAAGAAACGCAAGUCCAGCUCGACUGUUCAGUAUAUGCCCCAGACAAACAGCAUCAAAAACAGCACAGUCACCAGCCCCAAAGGAAACACCACUUCACCUGCUCUGGAACCUCAGACAACCGUCAUCCAUAAUCCAAUAGACGGAACAAAGGAGUCGUCGGACAGCAGCAACACCACCGUGGAGGACGAGGACGUGAAAGGGAAGAGCUUAGACCUCAGCUCCCUUAAGGCGCAGUCCAGCACAAGCUCCCAGCCCGAGAGCUCUCAGGGUUCCUCGGCUGCCGUGCACUCCGCUGCAAAGUUUGCUGACCUGCUGGGCUCGGUGCGUAGGGGCUCAGGGCCGGCGUCCGACGGCGAAGGGAGAACCAACACGCCGCCUCCCGCGGUCUUCUCAGCCCCCUCCCCCCCGCACACCCCCGCCGCCCCCAUGCAGAUGUCCCGGCUCACCGACCUGGUAAGCAGCGUCCGCAGGCUGCCCGUGGCCCCUGCACCUGAGAGUGAUGCUGCGCCGGCCCCUAGCGCCAGGGCCGCCCUUCCACCAGCACACUCCAUCUCCCCGCCCCCCCCUCACUCCCGCUCGAGCCCCCCCCUGUCCUCCUCCCAGACGCGCAAACAAGAAAUCAUCAAGAUCACCGAGCAGCUGAUCGAGGCCAUCAACAACGGAGACUUCGAGGCGUAUGCUAAGAUCUGCGACCACGGGCUGACCUCGUUCGAGCCGGAGGCGCUGGGCAACCUGGUGGAGGGGAUGGACUUCCACAGAUUUUACUUUGAGAACCUUUUGGCCAAGAACAGCAAACCCAUCCACACGACCAUCCUCAACCCCCACGUCCACCUGAUCGGCGAGGACGCCGCCUGCAUCGCCUACAUCCGCCUGACCCAGUAUGUGGACGGCCAGGGCCGGCCGCGCUCCAGCCAGUCGGAGGAGACUCGCGUCUGGCAUCGCCGGGACAGCAAGUGGCAGAACAUCCACUUCCACUGCUCAGGCGCUCCGGCCGCGCCGCUCCAGUGAGGUUUGAAUCCCGUAGUUUUGUCUGUGAGGAGUCUGCUGAGAGAAGAAGAGGAAGAGGAGGAGGAGGAGGAGGAGGAGGAGGAGGAGGAGGAGGAGGAGGAGGAGGAGGAGGAGGAGGAGGAGGAGGAAGAGCAAAAAGAACAGUUUCAGUUUUGGGGCCCCCCCUCGUCCUCCAACAACAAACCCCUCCCUCAAACGGACGCCCCGGCCUCCCAUCCCCAGCAUGCAUCUCUUCUUUGACAACUCCUCCUGCCCCCCCGUCACCUUCUGACGACCCUCAAACAGCGACUCAGCGUCCCACACACUGGGAGAUGUUGGGGGGGGGGGGGGUUCCGCACUUGUGUGAUUCCUCUGUCCUGUGGUCUCUUCUCUGUCCUCCCCCCCCCCCUGUGAAUCCCCCCACUUAAACACUGCACUGGAAUUACAGUAUGUAAAGUUUUAAGUAAAAUCUAUUAUUAUCAUUACUAUAUUAUUAUAAUUAUUAUUAUUACACAUGUAUAUGUCAUUUGUAUAAUUCAGAAUCUUGAUGCCAGUGGUUUUUAGAGUUGAAGGUUUUUUGUGUUUUUUUUCUCGAUCUUUUUAAGGAAGCAUGUUUUUCCCAUAUUAACAGUGGCUGUUUUUUAUUGUGGCUUUUAAGUGGAAAAUGGUAUUUGGCAGUUUUUUUGUAAUUUGCCUCUCGUGCGUUAGCUAUGAUACUUCGCCCAAACUCAUGGUCGACAUGUUUUUAUCUUUUUGAUUUUGUUUUCGGGGGGGGGGGUGUUUUCUUUUGGAAGCAGUGCCUGAUGAUUGUCACGUGAAGGUGGAGAGUGAGUCCUCGUGUGAUUGUGUGUGUGUAACGUCCUGAGUCCUGAUGAUGAAGAGUCUGUGCAGGGGGAGGAGCCUGUUUGUGUUUGAGCUGUCGGACGUGGGGCCUCGUCUCGUUAGGCUCAGUGGCUUCCUGUUUCAAACGUACGCAUCUUAUACAACAUGAGAGUUUUAUCGUGUGUUUACGUUUCCAUCCUGUAAAGACAGAAUGUGCUGAUGAUGAAGGUUUAAAGGACGAAGCAGCAGAGUGAGGAUGAAGAGGAACUGUCGCUGCCACCAGGGGGAAUUUUUUCUUUUUGAUUCAAACAAAGAAAAACGUCUUAAUAUUACAAGAUACUUAGUGUUUGAAUGUCACUUUGAUAAGACACAACUCAUGUUGCUUUAAUCAAAAAGGAUACGACUGCAGGUCUCAUCUCAUUAUAUAGACUGAAAGUAUUUUUUAUGUCGAAAAGAGGAGAUAUCUCAGCCAGUGAGUUUAAGAAGAUCACAUUCAAUUUUCAAAGGAUAUUUUUAGCCUUUAAUUGAUUAACAGUAUUUGAAACUUUAACAAGCAAAUGUUUAACAUAUUUUAAUAAUAAAAUAGUUGCAUUUAACAAUUAAUGAUGAAUGAGUUCUGUCUUCUUACUGAAAGUCUAAAAAUAUAGUUAACAACUCAAUAACAGAUAAAUAAACAAUAUCCCAAAACACUAAAUGCAUAAAGUUAUUUCUUAUUAUACCAACAUGACUCAAUGAAAACUAUAAUUGAAUAAGCACAAUAACAUCAAAGUAUCUUGCUAAUAUUAAGACUUUUCUUUUUUAUUUAAAAAGGAGCACUUUCAGUUAGUUGCCGGUCUGAACCUCUCUGUCCUCUGAGCCACUCGGUGUCGCCUCCUCCUGUUGAUGAUGUUUUUUUAAUUCUGCUGAAAAAGAUGCUCGGGGGGGGGUGGGGGGGUGCCCUGCUGGUGGCUCCUGCAGUCGCUAGGCAACGGCUGAAUACCCCGCUUGUAGCUCGUUUCCAUUGAAAGUCGAGAUAUUUUUUAAUUCUCUAAAUUCUCGGCAGCCGGUUCUUUUUUUUAAAGUGGAAAGAAAGGAUCCCAGCGGAGGCCUUGACCUUUCUGGCCUCCGAAGCCACAGUGGAGCUGCUGUGUGUUGUAUGAAGCACACACACACACACACACAGGUCCAUAUCAGUGAUGACAAUUAACAUGUGUGUGUGUAUGUGUGGUUGAGGCCUCUACAAGUGGGAGGAUGUUGUAUCUGCAGAUGUCGGGGAUGCUCUGCUCUGCGGUUCCUCGUCUCAGCACAGUCCUUCGCCACAGGGUGUAUUAUUGUGUGUGCAACAUCCAUCGCUCUGAUUGUGUGUUUUUUUUACAUGUUACAUUUUGGAGGUGUGUGAUUUUUAGCAGACGAUGAGAGGAGAAGGCUUUAUUUCAGAGGACAUAUCAGUCCUGCUGCCUUCAGGACUUCAGUGUUUUUCAUUUCUCAUGAUUUGAACUUGAUAUUUUCUCAUGUUUUUACUCGUUGACUCGUGUCACAGUGAAGUUUUAUCAGCUUCUCGUGAUGUUAAGUGCUCGUGCCAGGGGGCGUGGCCACGGAUGAUAAGGAUGGAGACUCUGCUGCAAUUUAGAUUUUGUCGGAGCGUAACUUUUGCUCGUCCACCGUUGGCCGCCUGGUGGUCGGACCGAGACGUGGCGAGAGCGGGCAGUCGGUGAUUGGUGGAAAAGUCCUCAGGUUUCUAUUUAUUUGGAAUAUUUAUUUAUUUAUUUUUAGAGAAUAUUUGUAUUGUGCUGACAGUUUUUCAGUUAUUUCUCGUGCACUUGUGCAGAUACUGUCUGUUGUUCAUGGGACUCGGCUCCCUGCAGGACAGCACUGGUUUUAAAGGGACAGUACACCCAAGUUGCAUCCUGCAUGUGUUUUCUCUGUAACGACCAACAUGGAGUGAAUUUAUUUUUUGUCUUUUCUCUGCGACUUCAGAUCUUCGCUGGUUUUGAAAUUAUUUAUUCAGUUUUACGAUGUCCUUUUUAUUUUUCCUCUUCUUCCUCUGAAGUCCAAUUUACCACCUUGCCACAGUGGUAAUCUAUUACUUUAAAAGUAAUGCGACGCAGGACUAGGAUUUUGUGUGAACUUUCCCCCCAAAGGCUUCAUUGCGUUAUUUAUCAAAUGUAGGUUUUUUAUUUUCGUGUCUGAUCGAGAAAGGUCAAAGGUCAAAGGUUUCCUGAAGGGCGUUCACGUGUGAUCGUGCUGAUAAACAAACACCUCGUCCUCCUCAUACAAAAUAAAGAAGAACUAGCAGCAUGCACAGUU